AUGGUAGUAUACAGUUUUUAUGUCAUCAACCGUAGUGGCGGUUUGAUUUUCUCCUAUGAACAUUCCAUACCGAAAAUCGAAUUGGAAAAAACGUUCAGUUAUCCACUUGGUUUUGUUCUGACGCCAGGUGAUAAGGGCGUCGUAGUUCAAUUUGGCCAGCGUGAUGGAAUCAAAGUUGGUCAUACGAUUAUUGCGAUCAAUGGAGUACCAGCGCGACGAAACAACAUUGACUUUUCGUCAGCACCACCAACAGCAACAGCUAACGAUGACGAACCUCCAACAUCGUCAUUGACAAACAGCUAUGACAUUAUUGAAUAUCUUUCCGAUCCAUCGCAUUAUCCUGUUGCUAUCAAAUUUGGCCGAACACGAUUAGCUGGAAAUGAAAAACUAAUCCUUUCAUCAAUCUUCCAUUCCAUGUAUGCAAUCGCUUGUCAAUUAUCGCCCGAACUCAAUUCCAGUGGCAUUCGUGAAUUAGAAACUGAUCAAUACAAACUCUACUGUUUCCAAUCCAUAACCGGAAUAAAAUUCGUUGCGUUAACAGAUCUCAAACAGACGAAUGUCGACGCAUUGUUGAGACGGUCCUACGAACUACAUAGCGAUUACGCUUUGAAGAAUCCCUUCUACUCACUUGAACAACCUAUUUGGUGUCCUUUGUUCCAACAGACGGUGCAACAAGCAAUUGAUUUAUUGGAAAGAACGGGUUCACCAUAUGCAUGA